AUGGCGAGACCCUUUGAAACGAUAAAUGACAUCACCGAUUGCAAGGAUUUAUGGAAGCUUGUUGUCAAAAUACAUCACAAAUGGAAGCUUACCACCAUAACAAAUGAGCAUUUUGAGAUGGUUGUUGUUGACAAACAAGGCCAUGGUAUUCAUGUUGUUGUUCUAAAAAUAUUUAGCCAAACAUUUGAUUCGUCUUUAUCUGUCAAUGUGACUUGGACGAUGUUGAACUUCCAAGUACAACCAAAUGAUUUGUUUUUCAAACCCACAUCCCACAAAUAUCUUUUGAAGUUCACUGGUGGGAAAAGAAUUGGAGAUAUUGGUAAAUAUGACAUCCCCGAUAAAGUGAUUAACCUUACCCCAUUUAUGGACAUCAUCUCGGGAAAAUGGCCGAAAAAUCUCCUAAUAGAUGUUAUAGGUGUGGUCGAUGAAAUUGGAUACCCUCAGUCCCAAUUUGGGGGCAAGAAACCUUAA